CCUUCCGCCAUCUCUUUCUGUCGGAUUCCACGCCGCCCGCUUGACCACAUUACGAUCCGUCCUUAUACCGUACAGAACCCGUGGCCCACCUGUAUGUUCUGACAAGUGAUACACGAAAAUCAGAUACUAGCAACUAGGUGGACGGCCUUACGGCCGUCUCACAGCAUACGAGGGAGGAGGAGUCCGAGGGUUAAGCCAGCUGCCAGUUGACACUACCAUACAAGACCGGGAACCGAGCAGUGUUGCAGACGAUAUACGAAGCUUCGGUGUGAGCAAGCGAGCUUGAGAUUGCAGGAUUCGGUCUUUUCUCUCUGCGUGAACCGUCUGUCGACUUUCGCCGCUCGCGGAAGACCUCUUCACUCCGGUUUCCAUCUACGUGGACAUGGACGCUCAGUAUCCUUUUGCAUCGCGCGACGACAUUUGGCGCGUCUUUGAAGAGCUGAAGGAACUUCACGCUGCGCAGUUUGAGCAGGCGGAGAGGAUUGCACGACUGGAAAGACGGAGGGAUGAGGAUGCGAGGCUGAGAAGUGUUUGGGGUCCUUUGUCACCGUUUCCUACUUCUAUCGGGGGUACCAUAGCAGAUAUUAAUUUCUUUCACGCCCCUGCUGACGCCUUUAAAGGGUUCGAUCAGGGCCAGCAUCACGGAAUGGCGAAUCCAAUGGGUCUCGAGAGCGAAGACGAACCGAGAAGAGGGACAUCCAGAGCGAAUAGUGUCCGGUUCGAUGAAAGUGCUAUUCAUGGUUACUAUGGGCAAGCCAGCCGAUCUACCAGCGAGCUGCCGCUGAGGACGGGGAGCGGUAUGGGAAGCCAUCCACUCACCGAACGCUCACUGUCCCACCGGUCUGAUGGCCGACAGAGCUCUUCAGGGCAUUCGCAUCACUCUGCUCGGACGAAUAGUCUAGGGCUGGAGACGACGAGCCGUAUAACGGGAUCGUCCGUCGGCGGCUCUCCUCUGAUACCCCGCCGGGUCUAUUCCUCCUUGGCCCCGUGCCGAUCGUAUGUCUCGACGCUUGGGUAUCCGAUGGUGCAGAAACUCGGCUUGGAAGAUCUUGUAACCCAGGAGGAUGGCGUACGGUUCAUCAAGCUUCCGAUGUAUCUCCCGGAGGCCAGCGUUCACCAGGCCUCGUCUCGUCCCAACAGCCCGGUUCCUCAGCUUCCCACCCUGACUAUCCGCUUUCUUGUUCGGGAUAUGGAUCCCAACGAUCAUUCCAUUCAGAUUAUCCUCGGAAGUGAUGUUCUUCGCUCCCAUAAUGCGGACAUUUUGUUCUCUCAGGACAAGAUCAUCAUGGUAGAUGACGAAAGGAACAAGAUUUCCAUUCCCCUAGUGCGGCCGGAGGAUGACUCUGUCUUCAAGUCUCUCUGCACUGCAUCGGAUCGCUCGCGCCUAGAACGCUCGACAAGGCAGGCUUUGGAAAAGGGGCCGACAGAUGUGAGCGGUGAUUCCGGAGUUGGGGUCAUCGGAGAGCCGAGUCGAUCGCGACGAUCCACCUCUGCGUCUACCACCGCAAGGGCAUCCACCGAAGAGCCAGAUGGAAGUCGAAUGACCCAUUCGUCGGGUUCUCACGAUGUGUCCCCGGUGACUGAAGCUCAGGAAGACCCGGGCAAGUCCACCUCGACGAUCGACUUUCAGGCCAAUGAAGCCGCCAAGCCUGAAACUGCAGGUGUCUGGAGUGCAUGGAGGCGGGAGACGAAAAUCGACCCGGCAUCGUCCGGCGCGAGCAAGCCAUCUCGGGGCCGUACUAUGAAAGUUCUACGGCCGACUAAGUCUUCUACACGGGUGUCAACAGCGUCAAGCGGUGCCGGUACCGACACCGCGGCGUCUCCUCAACCGACGUCCUCCCGAGGGUCCCCAGACGAAAGCCGGGCUGGCAAACAGUUGGCUCCGAAUCCUAUCGGCGGGGCUUCUGCGUUUGGCUGGCUUAAUUCAUCCCAGCAGCCUAAACGCGUUGAAUGGACGAAGGAAAAUGGCGUUUUGGAACAUGGAUUGAAGGUCCGUAUGUAG